AUGGAAGAUUCACAGAGUGAGCUUCGGCGGAUGAUACAACGCCACAACCGCGAGAAGACAGAGCUGCAGACCCACAUUCAGGGCAUGAAGAGCUUGGUCCCCAAGGACGACAAGAAGAGAAGAGAGCAGUUGCUCCUCGAUGUGGCCCGCCUCGAGGCCGAGAUGGAGAAGAAGCACCAGCAGGAGCUGGAGAAGUUCCAGGAGAGUUUCCCUCAUAACAACAACCUCGAUUCGGUCACUGAAGAUCUGGCCGGGAUGGAUCUCAAGAACAAGCCUCCUCACCUCUCGAGGGCACAGAGAAGGUGCGAAAGAAAGCUGGCCCUCAAGAGAGAAAAGCAGGAGAGGGUGGCCAAGGCUGGGAUGGAGCGUCUGGCCAGCUUCUGCCAUGACGAGGAAAUGAAGCUCAGCGCCAUCCUGCGGGCCAAGAAUCUGGAGAUGCAGGAUAUCCCGGCCGACGGCCACUGCAUGUACCGCGCCAUCCAAGACCAGCUGGUGUUCUCCGUGACCGUGGAGAGCCUGCGGAGACGCACCGCCGAGUACAUGCGGAAGCAUGUCGACGACUUCCUGCCCUUCUUCAGCAACCCCGAAACCGGCGACGCCAGCAGCCGCGACGACUUCUUGAGCUACUGCGACGACAUCGUGCUCAGCGCGUCGUGGGGAAGCCAGCUCGAGCUGAGGGCCCUGUCGCACGUCCUGCAGACCCCCAUCGAGGUGAUCCAGGCCAACUCGCCCGCCAUCGUCAUCGGAGAGGAGUACAACAAGAAGCCGCUCACCCUGGUCUACAAGCGCUACUCCUACAGCUGCGGGGGGCACUACAACUCGGUGAAGCCGCUCGACGCCGGCUCCGUCGGGAGCGUGGCCCCGCGUCUCUUCUAG